UUCAAUCACUCCUCUUUUUUACCAUCAACCAAGACCAAAAACACUCCCAACAAGCAACAAUGCCCUGCUCCAACGCUAACUGCUCCUGCGGCGCUGCCUGCCAGUGCGGCGACUCGUGCAAGUGCGGCGCUGCCGACACCACCGCCAAGGCAUGCACCAAGGCUGGCUGCACCUGCGGCGCUGACUGCAAGUGCGGCGACUCGUGCAAGUGCGGCACUGCUGAUGCCACCAAGGCCUGCACCAAGGCCGGCUGCGCUGGCUGCAAGUGCGGUGCCGCCUGCAAGUGCGGUGACACCUGCGAUCAAGCCUGCGUCAAGGCGUGCACCAAGACUGGCUGCGCUGGCUGCGCAUGUGGCGAAGCCUGCAAGUGCGGCGACACUUGCGAUCAGGCUUGCGUGAAGGCAUGCACCAAGGCCGGCUGCGCUGGCUGCAAGUGCGGUGCCGCUUGCAAGUGCGGCGACACCUGCGACCAAGCCUGCGUCAAGGCCUGCACCAAGACUGGCUGCGCUGGCUGCAAGUGCGGCGACUCUUGCAAGUGCGGCGAUUCUUGCAAGUGCGGCUCUGCCAGCUCGUCCACUGAGUGCAAGUAAAAAAAAAAAAAAAAAUCUGACAAUGAUUUUUGCUGCGAAAAGUUCGCUCGGCGUUGCUCCCAGUUUGCCCCCUCCCCGGCCACCGAUGACGAUGACGUACCCCAUCGUGUUCUUGCUUGGUGUGCGUUCUUGUCCGUGUGUGUUGUGCCGAUCACUUCACUGGAGCGAUGUUUUUGUUCUUUUGCCUUUGUGUUCGCAGCAGAUUUUGUUUGAUUUUGAGUUUUUUAGUAAUUUCCUUUUGUAAUUUAUAUUUUCGUUUGCUUCGAUCUA